AUGGACGCCCAACAACCUCUCGCAGACCGCACCAACACCCACACAACAGUGAGCCACGAGAAGAUCGAUGAUCUGAAGAGCGCGCCCGCCAACCUCAACUCGCUGGAAUAUCACCGUCAGGUCUUGCAGGGGAAGAUUGAGGGUGACAAGGGCCAAGGAAGCUACGUCUCGCCUUCGGAUGACAUUAUGAGUCCUUGUUCGAAAAAACUGAGCGAUCUUAAGGGGAAGCGAUUUAAGAACGUCGGAAAACCGCAAUCCCUUUUUGCAAAACUCGGAAAGAAGAAUUUUGAGUCAUCGCAACAACAACAGGCUGGGGAUACCGGGGAGGGACAGUAG